CAGUGAUUGGUGAUUUCUACAGAGCUAUUUCACUCUCCUCUUUUGCUAGUUGCCACGGCUACAAACAGCUACCUACUGUACCUCACUAGCCAGCCAGCAGACUAGCCUCCACCCCCAAAAAGUCUUCAAAGGAAAAGUCCAGGGAAGGAAGGAGACCUGAGCAGAUUGGUACUGUACCUAUCUAGCUCGCUGUUGCCUUCAUUUGGUUGAACACAUUUUACCUGCUGCUUGCUGUGCUGUGAAUAUUAAUUGUGUUGCAUGAUCUGGUGCUCACAAUUGCACUAUCUUCACCAUGUAGAAAGGAUUCUUCACUAGAAGCCACAGCAGAUCCAAGACACAAUCAAUAGGACCCAAGCCUGCCAUGUGACUAAGUACUCUCCAUCCUCUCUCUGAAUGGUUGUUUCCUUUUGCUUGGUGACGGCAGGUCUUUCCCAGUGAGUGGUGGUGACAGAGGAGCAUGAUGACGGGCCUCCCAGCCCAGACUGACACACAGGAGGAGCUGGCGCGAGGACCACAGCAACCCUCGAGUUCCCAGCAGGAUGGGCGGGGCCAGUGGUGGGACCAGCUCAGAAAGACCUUGCUGACAGUGGGCUACAGCGUCAGCUUCUGUCUGGUCUCUCAAAUUCUGGGUGUGUGGAUGUUGUACAUGUACAAUGGCCAUGGUGCAUUCUCUGCAGCACACAAAGUCUUGGAUCUUCUGCAGUACCUGGUCUCACCAGCAGAGGUACAUUCUUUAGGGCAGGAGGCGAACUCCCCACACUUACAGAAGGAACUGUGGAAAAUGGAGAGCUUGAGCCCUCUGCUGGCCACAGUUUUUCUAGGAGUAGUGAUCAUCGGCAUUGGGAUUCUAUACUGUUUAAAAACGUUGUCUCCCAGCCCUGGACAUCCCUAUCCUGAAGACAGGCGUCAGUCUAUGAGCCGUCAGCCCUCCUUCACCUACUCGGAGUGGACUGACGCCAAGCAGGAUCAUUUCUUCGACAUGGACCCAGUGCCAGAGACGCCUGUGUUUGACUAUUGCAUGGACAUGAAGCCUGAGACAGACCCAGCCACACUCACUGUCCAACCAGUGGGGCUCCAAGAAAGGAGGGGUUCAAACGUGUCCCUCACUCUGGAUAUGUGUACCCCAGGCUCCACCGAGCCCUACGGCUCCAUGCUGUCUCCCCGAGAGCAGUGUACCCGGGAAUACCUCCAGAAAGCCUCCAACGUGUUGAGCACCAGGGAACUGCACGAGAGAGCCAUGGACUCCUUCACACUGCAGGCUGAGUUCUUUGAAACCCCAAUGAACUUUGUUGAUCCAAAGGAAUACAGCUUUCCAGGUAUAGUGAGGAAGAACCGAUACAAAACCAUUCUCCCAAAUACGCAUAGCAGAGUGUGCCUUAAAUCCAUGGAUGAAGACGAUUUCCUCAGUACAUAUAUCAAUGCUAAUUAUAUAAGGGGCUAUGGAGAAGAGGAGAAGGUGUAUAUCGCUACUCAGGGACCCACAGUAAACACUGUCGGCGACUUCUGGAGAAUGGUGUGGCAGGAGCGAUCGCCCAUCAUUGUCAUAAUAACAAACAUCGAUGAAAUAAACGAGAAAUGCACGGUGUACUGGCCUGAAGAGAAGGUGACCUACGAAGGGAUCGAGAUUAUCGUAAACCAGGUCAUACAAGCAGACGACUACAGUCUAAGACAUAUUACUCUUAAGUUUGAGGGAGAGGAGAGGAGCCUACGUCAUUACUGGUACACGUCCUGGCCAGACCAGAAGACCCCAGACAAGGCCCCUCCUUUGCUGGAAUUAGUGCAAGAUGUGGAGGAGGCACGGCAACAGGCUCCAGAGGGUAGCGGCCCAGUCAUUGUCCACUGCAGUGCAGGGAUUGGACGAACAGGCUGCUUCAUUGCCACCACUAUUGGCUGUAAACAGUUAAAGAACGAAGGGGUCGUGGACAUUCUUAGGAUCACCUGCCAGCUGCGUUUGAACAGAGGAGGGAUGAUCCAGACCUCUGAACAAUACCAGUUUGUCCAUCACGUCCUGAGCCUCUAUGAGAAGCAGCUCUCUCUCCCGGUCGAAGAAUAAAUAACCCUCUCACAGCUUACAGCUCCACAAAUAGGACUCAGAUACAGCCAUCACCUGCCUGCCAACCUUUGGUAACCAUGGUAACCCAGAGAGGGGGUGGGCCCGGAAUCAAGCCCACUCUCGCACUAACAUCUGCUUCACCAUGCGUUCAUUUAUACGUGUUCAUGGUAUAUGAAGCCAUUAUUGCCCCUUUUGUAUUGGAAGCCCUGCCCAUAAGGUACAAAGGAUUGUAUGGUUAUUAGAACUUCAAGUAGAGAUGGACAAGUCUUGGAUUCAAGCGACAACAUAGGAUCUCUGAUAAUCACCUAAUGAACAGUAGUUCCAUUUUCUAUAACGUGAUUUGUUCAAGUACAGAGACUAAGGAAUUUGUUUUCAUUAGUUACAUGCUGUAGCUUGUCCUGCUUCUUUUAUGGGAACUUUAUCCAAGCUCUUUCCUACUUAAACAACUGAUGAAAUGACUUGGCUCAUUUCUAGUUACAUCUGUGUGUGUUUUAAUAUUUACUGGGGUAGGACUCACAGCUUGCUAUGCUGAAGAUGAACAACCAUUUUCCACAUGUCUCCAGUUACCUUACAAUGGGAUUGAAUAUAUUUUGCAAUGAUCAGAAUACUAAGAGGAUUUGGAAAUGUCUUCUAUCUACAAUGGUGUUCAUAUCCUUCAAAAAGAUGCUACUAGAAGAGGCACAAUCACAAUGUCUAGCAUGGCCUCCUAGAACCAAUGCUUGAUUGAACAUCCACAAUGUUGAAAGCACAGGCUGCUAAAAGCCCCUCUGAUCACCUGGGAUCCAGAAAUCAGUGGAAAGGAGUUCAACCCUUUAUGAAAGGAUUGCCUGGAGACCUUUAAUGGAACUACACCUCUUUUGAAGAGCAACAAGAAGAGGGUUUGUGAACUGUAUCAGAGUUAAGAAAGGCUCCUUCACUGUAAACUUCAGUAUUGCUGGAGUCCCAGGGCCUGUGGUAGUUCAUCACAUGUCUGACGUGGUUUGUAGAAUAUCUCUUAAAAGUAUUUCAUGUAUGACUUGCAACUCAAUGAAGUUGCUAAGGCUAUAGAUGACGGAUCUCAAGGAAUAGGUUAAUCUAGCACAUAUAUUUUUACACAAUGGCCUUACUCUGUGUCUGUCUGUCUGUCUAGUCCUCUACCAUUAGUUAGCAUAGAGGUUCAGCAAGUAUUCUUUUCUCUGGGCAGGUACAUUCCCUCUUGCUCUUAAGCAGAAUUUAUGGGGCUUGCAUUAAAUCAGAUGAAUUGCUAUGCUAUAGAGGAGCUAUAUAGAGACAUAUGGGUCUAUUGAAUUUAUCAAAACUGUGUAGAUACUGAUUCUUACCCCUUAUAGCUAUAUAGCUAUUUGUGCAAGCUGCAGUUUCAUACAGUGGUCAUUUGCUGGUUCACCCUGUUACACUGCACUACUUAUAUCCACUGCUGAUCAAGAUAAAUUGAUUUGACUCUGUGUUCAACAGGACUGAGUUUGCUAUAGCUAUAGCUGCUAAUUUCAAGGUUUCUGUUUUUUCAAAAUCAGAUCUGGAUCAUGUCGUCAUGAACCAGAUUUUCAACAAGCACACAGGCCUCAAUAGAUGAAAAGUUUUAAAAGCAGCUGAACGUCUAUCCAAUCUCAAACCACCAAUAACACUACAUAUUACCUACAUUCCAGGUAUUUGUGCUAUUUUGGCAUUGGAACCUAUUUGUUUGAUUUUUUGUUUGAAUGUAUUAUAGUUCACAAUUCACGAUUUUGUGAAACACAGAGAGAGAUUUGGCUGGUUCAUUGGGGAAACACAUUCAUUAUAAAAUAAUUGGUGUCAAAUAAAGUAAAGAAAGUGUUUUGGUUAGAUUACUUGUUUUUUUUAUGUUUUACAAGUAAUGUAUGUAAUACGUACAAAAAAAGUAACUGUGGUCACCAACUUUGGAACAAUUCAUUUGCAAAAAUGAACGGGGCGGGAUAAUUUAACGUCCUUGCCAAAUAAGAUCCAGGUCUGUUCCAUCUCAUAAAUUGACACUUACCAGUUUUAAAGUUGGCUUGUCUGACUCCAGAUUAUUAAUUUUUAGACAUUCUUACUCGAUAUUUAUAGAAUAGAAUACUAGCUAUAUCUACAUGCAUAUCCAGGGUGACAGCUAGGUGGAGUAAUGGGGUUAUACUCUUGAAUUGCAUGCAGACACCUCUGGAGCUAUGGAUUCUUAUCACAAAGCUUGCUAGUCUGAACUUUGGCCCCAGUGGACACCACCACAAAAAAAAUGUCUCUGCUUGAGAGAGCCCUGGACUGAAUGGCCAGGGUGUCAAGGUCAGGUCAACAUCUUCAUUGCUAAAAUAAUGUGCUGCACAUGCGGUAUGAUGCUAAAUUAAACUUCUCAAGUAAUAACAAAAUAAACAUAUGAAGGUAUCUAAUGUGUUUAGUUGAUGGUGUCUGCAAGUUUAGUUUAAAUGUUUGGGGAAAUAGUUUUAAAUCAUUUUUAUCUAUCUAAAUUAUUU